AGAGCUUUAGAUCGGUUUAGAAAUCAGGAGAGAUCGAUAUGGGUAGUUCUAGGAAGAUCAGUGAAAUGGGUUUGUCUAUGGUGGUGAUGGUUGUAUUGUUGCAGCUUUUGCUAGCCAAUGGAAAUGAGCCACCACAAUGCAACUUCAACCUAAAGCCUUCAUGUCCUCCAAACCCUACAGGUUUAGGUCAUAUUGUUCUUGUCCAUGGUGCAGGCCAAGGACAAUGGUAUUGGUACAUGGUUAAACCCAUUUUGGAAGCCGCAGGCUAUAACGUAACAACCCUUCAACUUGGACCUUCAGUAACCAUGGCUAUGGAUUCAAUAGAAAAUGUUACGUUCUGGAGUUACUCAAAACCAUUGUUUGAUUUAAUGGAAUGUGUAGAUCACAAGGUUUUGCUUGUGGGUCAUAGUGCUGGAGGGUUAAGUAUAGCUGUUGCUAUGGAAAUGUAUCCUCAAAAGACACAUGGAGGUGUCUUUGUCUCUGCAUAUAUGCCUGAUACUUCACACACCAUGUCCUAUGUCCUUGAUAUGGGAAUGAAGUAUCCGCAGGACUGGGAAGAUACUUGUAUUACUACUAGUGGGAACGAGACUUGGUAUUAUUUUGGUGAUGAUUUUUUGAGUACCAGACUCUAUGAAAUGUGUCCCCCUGAGGUUAUCAUGCUAAUGUAUACACAGAAAAGGCCAGGAUCGUUCUUUAACAAUGAAUUGGCAGGAAUUCAACUUACAAAUGAGAGUUAUGGUUCAGUUGAUCGAUUCUACAUUGUAACCGGAGACGAUUUAGCGGUUUAUACCGAAUUUCAACGUGAAAUGAUCGCGAAUUUUCCGGUGAAAGAGAAGAAGAUGAUACAAAAAUCUGGUCAUGAAGUCAUGCUAUCGAAGCCUUUAGAGUUGUCUGCUAAUAUCUUAGAUAUUGCUAGACAAUAUCCCUCUUAUUUUGAGACUUCUAAUGCUGCUGGAGAUGCAAAUUGGGUCAAGAUGAAACCAAAACUAAAUUCAAUCCGACGCGGUGCCUGGUGGGUCUGAACCAACCUGUGGAAAAACCCGGUCUAAUUAGUAUGUACUUUGCUAUUGUAAUAUCUACUAUCUAACAAUGAAUAAA